AUGGUUCUCGAGCGACUCAAGCAGUUGGCUUGUCAGGUCGGUGUUUCUCAUACCAUAUCACACCCGUUUGAUCCGCUCUCUUCAACGGAGAUCGAUGCUGCAGUCGCCGUCAUCCGCGAAGCCCAUGGAGGCCCUCUCAAGUUCAAUGCUGUUACCCUAUGGGAGCCACGGAAGGCUCAGAUGAUGGCUUGGUUGGCUGAUCCAGAUCAUGCUCCUAGACUACAUAGAGCAGCAGAUGUCGUUGCUAUAGCCCCCGGUGGGAAGGUCUACGACGGCAUAGUUGACCUGACAGAUAAUAAAAUGGUCGAGUGGAACUUGAUGGAAGGUGUCCAGCCGCUGAUAACCAUGGAAGACCUGCAAUCUGUUGAGCAUAUGGCAAGAGUGGAUGAAAAUGUCAUUAAACAGUGCGAGAUUAUAGGGAUUCCGAGGGAAGAUAUGCACAAAGUCUACUGUGAUCCAUGGACAAUUGGAUACGACGAAAGAUUCGGCAACAACGUUCGCCUCCAGCAAGCGUUCAUGUAUUACAGGCCGAAUAUUGAUGACUGCCAGUAUGCGUAUCCGCUUGAUUUUUGUCCUAUUUUCAACCCAAAUACCAAGGAGUUUGUUUACAUCGAUGUGCCACCGGUCCGUCGACCACUCAGCAAAGCACUGCCGCAGAACUAUAACUCAGAAGAUGUCCAGAAAGAGGGAGGAUAUCGAACCAAUUUGAAACCUAUUCAUAUCACACAACCUGAAGGCGUUUCAUUCAAAGUCAAUGGCCGUCAUCUUGACUGGCAAAAUUGGAACAUCCACGUUGGUUUCAAUUACCGCGAGGGGAUCGUGCUUCAUAACAUUACUUUCAAUGACAAGCGUACUAUCAGACCGGUGUUUUACCGCCUUUCUCUUGCAGAGAUGGUUGUACCGUAUGGAAAUCCAGAGCAUCCCCAUCAACGAAAGCACGCCUUUGAUUUAGGGGAGUACGGGGGCGGAUAUAUGACCAAUAGCUUGAGUCUUGGCUGUGACUGUAAAGGGGCUAUCCACUAUAUGGACGCAGCCUUCGUCAAUGCUGCAGGCGCAAGCACCGUGAUCAAGAACGCGAUAUGCAUUCACGAAGAGGACGCCGGUACUCUAUUUAAACAUACGGAUUUUAGGGAUGACUCUACAAUUGUCACCAGAGGCCAGAAACUAAUUGUUUCUCAUGUUUUCACGGCCGCCAACUAUGAAUAUUGUGUGUACUGGAUUUUCCACCUAGAUGGUACUAUUCAACUGGAAAUCAAACUUACCGGAAUCCUAAACACAUAUGCCAUGAAUGAAGGGGAGGAUACCAACGGCUGGGGCACCGAGGUGUAUUCCGGCGUCAACGCUCAUAACCACCAGCAUCUAUUUUGCCUUCGCAUAGAUCCAAACAUCGACGGGCCAAAUAACACCGUCUUCCAGGUUGAUGCUGUCCGCGGGCCGGGUGAAGUGGGAAGCUCAGAUAAUAAAUAUGGGAAUGCCUUUUACGCAAAGAAGACAAAAUAUUCCACUCCGGCAGAGUCUAUGGCGGGAUACGAUGGUGCAUCGAGCCAGAAAUACCUUCUCUUCUUCCAAGGGACGGGGGUCUGGUUUGGAAACGGGCCGGAUUUGCUAGACAUGCUAUCCAUGUGA